GAACGACUACUUAGCCAGCACGACCAACGUCGCAUGCUGCAUACCCAGUAACCCAUCAUGGCCCCAGUCACUUUCACGGUCAAGUUCAUCGGGCGCCCGUCGCCCCCCACGAAGCUCAAGGUGAACGGCGAGGAGCCGGACGGAGAGAUCCUGCUGUACAACUCUUCGCGGCAGAUUGUGGGCGAGGAGGCGAACGGGGAGAGCACGGCCGCGUUCAUCGUCUCGACCUUCACCGACGCGCCCAAGUCGAGCAUUGCGUCGGGCAUCUACUACUUCCAGGGCACGAUCCUAGGCAAGAAGGGACACUUCUCCGCGACGCUCGGCGGGCCGACAAACUACCCCAUCAUCAGUGCGCAUUUCGAGAUCAUCCCCGAGACGACUGGUGGCGAGUUGAAGGGCUUGACCGGCAAGGGGUGGUACGAGCUCGAUGUGAGCGAGCCGCAUGAUCGCAAGGACGGGCGGCCUAUCACGUUCUCGGUCGAGCUGCCGUAGGGCGCUGGCACUGUUCGUAUGUAGCUACAGGAGAAUUACGCUAUGCAUAGCGCGUUG